GAAAGGAAAGGAAAGCAAAGCACGUCCUGGAGCUGCGAGCAUUACAGAAGCUCCCUGAGGAAAUGCCUGGUUGAUGCAGCCUGUCUGGAUGGGCUGGGAAUUUUAACUGCAGCUUUGCUUUGGAUCUACCGUGUUGAACCUCUCUCUGUCUCCUCUUUACCCAACUGAAGCGGCAGGGGAGUGAUCCAGAAGCUGCUGGGGAGUCUGCUGGGUUAUUUGUUUUGCUUUUCCAUCUUAAAGCUGGAGCUUUACAAACUGAUCUGCCACUGGUUGAGGGGAAAGGGUGUAAAAGGUCAGUUUUAGGACCUUUGAUAUAUCUCUAUUAAGCCACUAAGGAUGUUUCAGACUGUACCAGACACUUCGUCUUACGUCAAGGAGGCUCUGUCGGUGGUGAGCGACGACCAGUCCCUCUUUGACUCCACGUACGGUGUGGCCACUCACCUCCCCAAGGCAGAUAUGACAGCCUCAGGGAACCCUGACUAUGGCCAGCCCCACAAAAUCAACCCUUUGCCUCCUCAGCAGGAGUGGAUUAACCAGCCUGUCCGAGUCAAUGUAAAAAGGGAAUAUGACCACAUGAAUGGAUCAAGGGAGUCUCCUGUAGAUUGUAGCGUGAACAAAUGCAGCAAACUCGUCGGAGCAGGGACAGAGUCCAACCCAAUGAGUUACAGCACCUACAUGGAUGAGAAGAACGGGCCUCCUCCCAACAUGACCACCAACGAGAGGAGAGUCAUUGUCCCAGCAGAUCCUACCCUCUGGACCCAGGAGCACGUACGUCAGUGGCUGGAAUGGGCUAUAAAGGAAUAUGGAUUAAUGGAGAUUGACACCACCAUCUUCCAGAACAUGGAUGGCAAAGAGCUCUGCAAGAUGAACAAGGACGAUUUCCUCCGAACCACCUCCCUCUACAACACAGAAGUUCUGUUGUCUCACCUCAGUUACCUCAGGGAAAGUAGCUCACUGCUGGUCUACAACACUCCAUCCCACACAGAAGCUUCCUCACGUCUUGCCACCAAAGAAGGCCCUCCUGUUGCAGGGACACAAAAUGUGAAUAAGACAACAGAGCAGCAACGGCCCCAACCAGAUCCUUAUCAAGUCCUGGGGCCCACCAGCAGCCGUCUUGCCAAUCCAGGGAGCGGGCAGAUCCAGCUGUGGCAGUUCCUGCUGGAGCUGCUGUCGGACAGUUCCAACGCCAGCUGCAUCACGUGGGAAGGCACCAACGGCGAGUUCAAGAUGACGGACCCGGACGAGGUGGCGCGGCGCUGGGGGGAAAGGAAGAGCAAACCCAACAUGAACUACGACAAGCUGAGCCGUGCCCUCCGCUACUACUACGACAAGAACAUUAUGACCAAGGUCCAUGGCAAAAGGUAUGCCUAUAAAUUUGACUUUCAUGGCAUCACCCAGGCCCUCCAGCCUCACCCCACCGAGUCGUCCAUGUACAAGUACCCGUCGGAUCUCUCCUACAUGCCGUCCUACCAUGCCCACCAGCAGAAGGUGAACUUUGGGCCUCCACAUCCUUCUUCCAUGCCUGUCACGUCAUCCAGCUUCUUUGGAGCGGCUUCACCUUAUUGGACCUCCCCUGCAGGGAGCAUUUACCCCAACCCCAACGUCCCUCGUCACCCCAACGCUCACGUGUCACCACAUUUGGGCAGCUAUUACUAGAUGCUUCUAUCUUCAAGUGGCCUUGAGCAGUCUGGUUGGACCUUUUGGGGUGGUUGGUUUCUUUUUCCUUUACUUCUGGGAUUUUUACAGGGGUGUUUUUUUAGGGGGGGGGAGGGGACACCCUGAUUGGAUAACUGUGGCCUUUCUGGGGAAGAAUUAAAACUGGAUCUCGGUUCUGUCUGGAUCAACCCUUUUCCUUGUGUAACUUUGCCUCUUGUGUCUUGAACUGAGUGAGAGAUGGAUGCUUCUUUGGGCCAGUACUCUGCAUUUUCUUUGGGUUUCUAAAUGUCCUCUGUAGGAGUUGGCUGUGAAGAUUGUUCAUCAUGACCUGGAAUGUUUCUUUAGCUUCUUUUGUGUUGUUUUGGUGAGAGAAAGCUUGAAGGGUUCAAUGACAAGACAUAGAUCCAACUGUGGGUCGUAGGAAACAGAUGACUACACGAGGUGGUUUCUUUGCUAACUCGCUGCGGGGAGGUAGGCAAUGGAACCAUUAAGUGGAGGAGACUUUGGGCUGCAGGGGACUGCAACUGGAAUCUUAGCUUUGAGGCAGAGGAGGAUUUUUCACCCAACUGGAAAUUAAAGAGAUAUAUAUAUAUAUGUACAUGUGUAUUUUAAGAAGCAAAAGGGCAUUGAAGAACCUUCCUUUACCUAGAGCCUACAACUUCAUUAGGCUGGAUAAAACUCCAGAAACAGCAGAAACCAGCACAAAAGCAUAAAAGAACAGUAACCAAUGGCAAGCACAGACAUUUUCCUUGAAAGCAAAAGUGAAGUUAAAUGACAGCAGGUCCCCUUGAGCUCUGGCCAGAGCUUUAAGGGAAUCGCUCACCGCUACCGAUGCGCGAACGCUGCGCGUUCGUCAGACCAUCGUCCCCAAAGGCUCAACCAAAGCAGAAGGCAAAUUACUGUAUAAAUUAAGCAGAGUUAUUUUGUUGUUGCUGUGGGGGGUGGUGUUUCCCCCCCCCCCCCUAUAUCACACAGUUUUAAGAGAAAGGUUAAAUAAUAAAAGAGGGAAAAGAAAAACCAAACACGAGUUGACCUCGGUCACAACGGCGGGUUUGUUGGUUGUUUUUUACUUAUCAGCUCAGUUGUUUGUUUGGGGGGGGGAGUGUGUAAUUUGUACAUGUUUUCAAUCUGUACAUUUGGGCUGUGGCUUUGUACUUUUUGCUUAAAAACAGGAGAAAAAAAAAACCCUUAAAAAAUAAGACACGAGUCAUGUUGGGAAAAGCCUCGGUCCUGCGGCUCGAUCCAUGAUUGAACCCCCCCACUAAAGGUUGUCAGAAACCUUCCAGGUUUCCCUGAGUUUGUCUAGAGUAGAUUUGGGUUUCUUAUCUUUUUGGUCUGUCUGCAAAUCAAUUCCACUUAGCUAAGAUGUUUGCUGACUGAAAACAUGCCCCAUCGCUUUCAAGUCGCUGUUUGAAUGACUUGUUGUGAUCGUUUCGCACCAUGAGGUUGAGCUUUGGAAAGGCUUUUGACCACUUCACAGAUAAAACAGAUGGGCUGUGGAGUCUCCUUCUUUGGGGACAUUCCAAACCCACCUGGGUGAGUUCCUGUGUGACCUGCUCCAGGUGAUCCUGAGGCAGGGGGGUUGGAUUGGAUGAUCUCUCAAGGUCCCUUCCAACCCAAUCUCCCCUGGGUGAGUUCCUGUGUGACCUGCUCUAGGUGAUCCUGGGGCAGGGGAGUUGGAUUGGAUGAUUUCUCAAGGUCCCUUCCAACCCAAACUCACCUGGGUGAGUUCCUGUGUGACCUGCUCUAGGUGAUCCUGAGGCAGGGGGGUUGGAUUGGAUGAUUUCUCAAGGUCCCUUCCAACCCAAUCUCACCUGGGUGAGUUCCUGUGUGACCUGCUCUAGGUGAUCCUGGGGCAGGGGGUUUGGAUUGGAUUGGAUUGGAUUGGAUUGGAUUGGAUUGGAUGAUCUCUCAAGGUCCCUUCCAACCCAAACUCAUCUGGGUGAGUUCCUGUGUGACCUGCUCUAGGUGAUCCUGGGGCAGGGGGAUUGGAUUGGAUUGGAUUGGAUUGGAUUGGAUUGGAUUGGAUUGGAUGAUCUCUCAAGGUCCCUUCCAACCCAAACUCAUCUGGGUGAGUUCCUGUGUGACCUACUCUAGGUGAUCCUGGGGCAGGGGGGUUGGAUUGGAUUGGAUUGGAUUGGAUUGGAUUGGAUUGGAUUGGAUUGGAUUGGAUUGGAUUGGAUUGGAUGAUCUCUCAAGGUCCCUUCCAACCCAAACCCACCUGGAUGAGUUCCUGUGUGACCUACUCUAGGUGAUCCUGAGGCAGGGGGGUUGGAUUGGAUUGGAUUGGAUUGGAUUGGAUUGGAUUGGAUUGGAUUGGAUUGGAUGAUCUCUCAAGGUCCCUUCCAACCCAAACCCACCUGGAUGAGUUCCUGUGUGACCUACUCUAGGUGAUCCUGAGGCAGGGGGGUUGGAUUGGAUGAUCUCAAGGUCCCUUCCAACCCAAUCUCACCUGGGUGAGUUCCUGUGUGACCUGCUCUAGGUGAUCCUGAGGCAGGGGGGUUGGAUUGGAUGAUCUCUCAAGGUCCCUUCCAACCCAAACUCACCUGGGUGAGUUCCUGUGUGACCUGCUCUAGGUGAUCCUGGGACAGGGGGAUUGGAUUGGAUUGGAUUGGAUUGGAUUGGAUUGGAUUGGAUUGGACUGGACUGGAUGAUCUCUCAAGGUCCCUUCCAACCCAAACCCACCUGGAUGAGUUCCUGUGUGACCUGCUCUAGGUGAUCCUGAGGCAGGGGGAUUGGAUUGGAUUGGAUUGGAUUGGAUUGGAUUGGAUUGGAUUGGAUUGGAUUGGAUUGGAUGAUCUCUCAAAGUCCCUUCCAACCCAAACUCAUCUGGGUGAGUUCCUGUGUGACCUGCUCUAGGUGAUCCUGAGGCAGGGGGGUUGGAUUGGAUGAUCUCAAGGUCCCUUCCAACCCUUGAGAUUCUGUGAUAGUGUGAAAACAAUCCAAAGCUUUCACUGGGGGGAGGGAGUUUCUUUCCAUUGUAAACACUGACAAAUCCUCAGCCAUCUCUAACUUUGCACAUGUUAAUUUGACCAGCCACAAGCAACAGGGUAAACCACAAGUCUGUGUUUUUGGACCUUGGGGUGUAAAGGGGGUGAAACUACCACAUACAACUUGGAUUAACCAUCAGGAUGCCAAAUAUCUACUCUAGACAGAACCUCUGGGGUCUCUGCUUGGGUGCAAGGUUUGGUCAGUGUGCAUUUGACUGCAGGAUGAGUGCCUUGAACCCAGGACAUUCUGAAGUCUGCUCAGAACUUUAACCAGAAGCACUGAUGCCAUUAUUUAACAAGAGUGAGGAAGGAAAGAGAGAGGAAGAUGGAGAGAAAUCAGUUGCAAGGUCUUUUAAGUGCUUUCGGGGUGUUUAUAAGCAACGUUACUGCAAUAAUAGCCAGACUCUGAAGAGAUGACCCAUGGAAGUGGGGCUUUUGCUACUAUAUAUAUGCAAUGUACUUUUGGAUAUUAAAAUAUAUAUAAUUUUGCAAGCUAUUUUGGGUGGGUUUUUUUAAAAAGAAGCUGUAUUGUUCCAAUGAAGCUGUUGUAUGAAGAAGAUGAUGUAAAAAAAAAGAAAGAGAAGUGACAAAAUAAAUGGUGGUGGUUUCUUUUUCCUUC